AUGCUUCGUCUGAUCCUGCGGCUCAGGCCGUCCUCCGGGCUCCGCUGUCCCCGUGCCCUCCCGACGGGGCCUGCUACGCUCAGCUCCCGCUCCGUGCCCGGAACCGGUUCUCUGAGGCGGCUUCACAGCGUAGCAGGGUCCCGGGUUGUGUGUGUGGGGUCCGGCUUCAGCCACAGGGGAAGUCUGCUGCGGUGUCCCCAGCUGACAGGCAGCUGUCAGAGCACACGGUACUACAGUCUGCCGCCGCACCAGAAGGUGGAGCUUCCUGCACUGUCACCCACCAUGCAGACUGGAACGAUCGCUCGCUGGGAGAAGAAGGAGGGAGACAAAAUCAGUGAGGGUGAUCUUAUAGCCGAGGUGGAGACUGACAAGGCCACUGUAGGGUUUGAGAUGCUGGAGGAGUGCUAUCUGGCAAAGAUCCUGGUUCCUGAAGGCACCAAAGAUGUCACCGUCGGAGCAAUAAUCUGCAUCACAGUGGACAACCCUGACCUCAUCUCAGCUUUUAAGGACGUCACACUGGACUCAAUUCAAGCAGCUGGUCCUUCACCAGGUGCCUCCGCUCCUCCUCCUCCUCCUCCUGCCGCUGCUGCUCCUCCUCCUCCUCCUGCAGCCCCGGGCAGCUCAUACCCCACACACAUGAAGAUCACACUUCCUGCCCUGUCUCCCACCAUGACAAUGGGAACAGUGCAGCGCUGGGAGAAGAAGGUUGGAGAGAAGCUGAGUGAAGGAGAUCUGCUGGCUGAGAUUGAGACUGACAAGGCGACCAUUGGCUUUGAGGUGCAGGAGGAGGGCUAUUUGGCCAAAAUCAUGGUGCCAGAGGGAACUCGGGACGUUCCCCUGGGAACCCCGCUCUGCAUCAUCGUAGAGAAAGAAAGUGACAUUGCUGCCUUUAAAGAUUAUGUAGAGACAGGGGUGGCAGAAGUUUCCACUCCACCUCCAGCUCCAACACCAGCAACAGCACCUGCUGUAGCUCCAGCUGCUGCUGCACCCAGUCCUGCUCCCGCAGCCGCUGCCCCAGCAGCUCCCAGGAAGGGUCGUGUGUUUGCCAGCCCACUCGCCAAGAAACUUGCUGCAGAUAAAGGAAUUGACCUGGCACAGGUCAGCGGCUCUGGUCCUGAUGGACGCAUCACUAGGAAAGAUAUCGACAGCUUUGUUCCACCAAAGGCUGCACCUGCUGUAGCUGCUGCUCCCACCCCAGCUGCAGCGCCAGCUGCUCCUGCACCUGCCGCAGCUCCUGCUGCUCCAGCCGGGACCUUCACAGACAUCCCUAUCAGCAACAUCCGCAAGGUCAUCGCUCAGCGGUUGAUGCAGUCCAAGCAAACUAUCCCCCACUAUUAUCUGUCUGUAGACGUCAACAUGGACCAAGUGCUCGAGCUUCGGAAAGAACUCAAUGAAGAGGUGAAAGCCCAGAAUAUCAAGCUUAGUGUGAAUGACUUCAUCAUCAAAGCCAGCGCUCUCGCCUGCCUCAAGGUUCCUGAGUGCAACUCCUCCUGGUUGGACACGGUCAUUCGCCAGAAUCAUGUGGUGGACCUGAGUGUAGCAGUGAGCACAGCCAGCGGUCUCAUCACGCCCAUAGUGUUUAACGCCCACACCAAAGGACUGGCUGCCAUCAGCUCCGAUGUGUCGGCUCUCGCUGCCAAAGCGAGAGAAGGCAAACUGCAGCCACACGAGUUCCAGGGAGGUACAUUCACAAUCUCUAAUUUGGGGAUGUUUGGCAUCAAGAACUUCUCGGCGAUAAUCAACCCCCCUCAGGCCUGUAUCCUCGCCGUCGGAGGCUCAGAGAAACGGCUGAUGCCUGCUGAUAAUGAGAAAGGGUUCGACGUAGCCAGCAUGAUGUCGGUUACGCUGAGCUGCGACCACAGGGUGGUGGACGGGGCGGUCGGCGCGCAGUGGCUCGCAGAGUUCCGCAAGUUCCUGGAGAAACCUGUCACCAUGCUGUUGUGAUCGGACUUUACUGCCAUAAAACUGCAACAACAGGCAGAGGUCUCUCCCUGAAGUGAUCUGAUUGGUCUAAACCGAUCUGGAUCCUCCUGUGAUUGGCCGGCCUGCCACCAGGUCACUCCCAGUUACCCUGAAGGGGAAGAGGCAGAACUCACUCCGCUUACCUGUUUGUCUCGCUGCCUCUCCCGUCUGUCUUUCUCUCCUCUCGCUCUGUCUCACUCAUUCUCUAUUUAUUGAGGCCCCGUCUCACGAGAGACCAGAAUUAGGUAUAAUUUAUCCUAGAGUAGACAUCGGUCAUUUGUCACUAAAACAUUAAUAAUGUUUUACAAAGGGAAGUGUUACAAGUCCAACCAGCGAGCGUAUUUAUCCCGAAACCUUGUGUGUGUGUGUGUGUGUCUGUGUGUGUGUGAUUCUGCACAUUCUAAUCUGUGAUUUUGUUUGAAUAAGAUAAAGAGAACAGGACGUGCAGCUAUCUCUGGGUUCCAGUCUUCUAAAUAACGGGUUAAUAGGUAGAUGUGAAUCAACUUUGAAACACUGAGAUCUACACACACAAACCUGUCCCUGUUUUGUCGCCACACACACACGCACAAAAUUGAAAUAUUCAGUGUGUUUUCUCUGGGUUGAUGCUCCAGUGUGUACAUCCUCCACUGUGGGAUGAACACAGUGCUGUAUAUACUGUAUAUGGUGGUGAGCUGUUUGGUUUGAAAUAACCAAGCUGUAAUGACGCCUCACCGUAUAGUUUAAUAUCUGUACAGUCCUGAAUGAUGAUACACACUCUCAAAGCAAGUACUCAACGGGUUUGCCAAUCCUCUCUCUUCGGCAAGGAUGUUUUAUUUUCUAGUGUCAGAGUAAAACACUUACCUUUGGAAUUUUCUGUAUUUCACUGCUGAAACGCACAAAGCUGGUGCCGGAUGUUAUUUGUUAUCUGAAUAAAUUGGGAGAAGUCAGUCUUGUGCUGUAUGUA